UCAAUCUCCAUUAAGAACUGCAACAACCAACGGUCCAGAUUUGCUCCACAGUUUCUGGCUCUUCUUUAUCUUCCCCACCUUCGCUUCACCCCCUCUCACUCUUUGCCUCUCUCUCUCUCUCUCUCUCCAGAGAUUUAGAGAGAAUAGCAGUUUGUAGCCUUUUCAGGUUGUUAGUAGUAUAAGCAGAGAGGAGAAAAAUGUUGUUGGGGAAGAGACCAAGGCCUCCAAUGAAGAGGACCACAAGCAUGUCAGAAAUCACCUUCGAUCUGAACACCAUUAGUACUGGGGCACCUCAUUCUCAACCGUCCGAUCCCAACAACCCUUAUCAGCCUCCGGCCUUAUGGAGCAGUGGUGGUGGUGGUGGUGGUGGGCUUGAUGGGUUGGAUCAACGGCUUAUGAUGAAGUUGCCUUCACCAUCAUCAGCAUCGCCAGGAAACCACAGAAGAAGUUCUGCUGAUUUUGGAGAAACUGCCCACUUCUUGAAGGCUUGUGGUCUCUGCAAACGCCGUCUUAUUCCCGGCCGCGAUAUUUACAUGUACAGAGGUGACACAGCUUUCUGCAGUCUAGAGUGCCGGCAGCAACUGAUGAAUCUUGAUGAGAGGAAGGACAAGUGUUCUUCCAUCGCUGGACACCAAGUCUCCGCCAAAGGCGAAACCAUGGUCGCCUUGUAGGGUUGUCGACCCGAACACAGAACCAUCUUUGCGAGCUUUGCUCAUAUGAAUAUAUAAGCAUAGGGUUUUGGGGGGUGGGGUGGGUAGUGUGGCGUGGGGGAAGAGAGAGGGGGCAUGGAGCGGGGCGGGCGGGGGCGGGGGUAGAUGUUGGGGGAAGUUGUUAAUUAGGUACGUUGCAUGAAAAAAAGGGGAAAGAUUUUGAAGCCCUGUAGUCUUGAUUAUAUAUGUGGAUUAACCUCAAGUGUGUACUUAUCAUGUUUAUGGUUUGCUCCCUCUUGUUUUCAUAUCGGUAGUACCGGAAGAAAAUUGAAAAUUUACAGGGUUAAUUGAAUCUUCCUUAUAUUAUA